GCCCAUAAUACUAAAAGACACAAAAAUCCAAAAUCAGUGGCAAAAUUGCAUCGAAAUCGAGACAAUCAACUGUAGCUCAUCAUUCGGCGUUUUAUGUAUUUUAGAAUUAGGAUUAGGAUAGAAUAGGAUUGGGAUAGGAUAGGUUAGGAUAUUUCAAACGAGGAGGAAUCCGUCAAGGGCGCACUAACAGGAACAGGAACGGGGAUCCUCAUGACGUCAGUCCCAGGUACUGUAAGUUCCAUUUUGCUGCUAUUAUUGGUUGAGUGUGCUGCAAGGCCUUUCUACCCGCUUCCUAGCAGAAGAAAUGAUAGAAGUAAACAACCACUGCAAACUUUUCGACCUUACAACAUCGCACAUCGAGGGUCAAGUGGUGAAUUUCCUGAGGAGACUGCCUCUGCAUACAAGAGAGCUAUUGAAGAGGGUGCUGACUUCAUAGAAACUGAUAUACUAGCAUCCAAAGAUGGUAUUCUUAUAUGCUUCCAUGAUUUAACACUUGAUGCUACAACUGACAUUGCUCAGCACAAGAAGUUUGAAAGUCGAAAGAGGACCUAUGAGGUCCAAGGCAAGAACAUCACUGGCUAUUUUACCAUUGAUUUCACGCUAGAAGAACUGAAGUCAUUGCGUGUCAACCAGAGAUCUCCUUUCAGGGAUCAACAAUACAAUGGAAAAUUUUCUAUUAUUAUCUUUGAAGAUUUCAUAUCAAUUGCACUAGGUGCUCCCAGGGUGGUGGGGAUAUAUCCAGAGAUAAAAAAUCCAGUAUUUAUCAACCAACAUGUGAAAUGGCCAAUUGGUAAGAAAUUUGAAGACAAGUUUGUGGAUACAUUGAAGAAGUAUGGAUACAAGGGAACUUAUUUGUCAAAACAAUGGUUGAAACAGCCUGCAUUUAUUCAGUCUUUUGCUCCAACAUCUUUGAUUUACAUCUCACACCUGACAGACCUGCCUAAGAUCCUCCUAAUUGAUGAUGCCACUACACCUACUCAAGACACCAAUCAGUCAUACUGGGAAAUCACUUCCAACAGUUACUUUGACUUCAUCAAAGAUUAUGUCGUGGGCAUUGGACCUUGGAAAGAUUCAAUAGUUCCUGCUUCAAAUAAUUAUCUGCAAACACCUACUGAUCUUGUUACAAGAUCACAUGCUUACAACCUUCAGGUGCACCCAUUCACUUGCCGGAAUGAGAAUGUGUUCUUACAUUUUAACUUCAGUCAAGAUCCAUAUAAUGAGUACGAUUACUGGAUCAAGAAGAUUGGAGUUGACGGGCUUUUCACGGACUUUACAGGCAGCCUCCAUCACUACCAAGAAUGGACCAAUCCUUUCUCAAUGGGAGAGGAAAGUGCAUCUAAACUACUAGACAAGAUUGCAUAUAUGAUCUCCAAAUUUAGAAAUUCUUAUAACUAAAUUCCAAUUUUAUCUUCUUCUUUUUUCUUGGUUUUAUGGUAUGAGGACUAAGCUAGUGCUUGCAGAAUUAAAUUUCUCGAGUAUUUUGUAAUGAUUAUGUAUUUUGGUUAAGAGGUGUUACUGAGAAAAUAAUAUCGCACGUAUGUAGAGUUUCUGAUUCAGCUUGACAGUUGAAACGGUGUAUUGAGUGUAUUGCAAAACAGAAGAAACUAAUUUGGGAUA